AUGUCCGUGCUCAGUUUGAUACCAGAAGAUAGGAAAAAAGAAUUCAGAAAGGAAUCGCUAGAAAGCGUUUACAGCAGCAACUCGCGGCUGAAUCUACUCAACAAGCGCAAGAGACUGAACCCGUUGAGCGAGGCGAUGUCCAACCACACGGUCAACGGCCGCCCCGACAAGUAUGUGACGCAGCGGGUGUUGUCGGCGAAAACGCACAGGGUCAAGCAGCUGCAGAACCAGCUGGCGGAUGCGCACUAUCAUUUGCAGGAGCUUAGCAAUGAGAACCGUGUUUUGAGAGCGUUGCAAAAGAAACAAGAAAUUGCGCUGCAGAGGUACGAGAAUUCGAACGCGGAACUGCCUCAAGUCCUGAACUCCCAUAGCGAGGAGAUGAGGGUGCAGCAGACGAAGUACAAGCAGCUGAAGCAUCAGUACAAAGAAGUGACACAGAAGCUGAAAGAGAGGGAGAUGCAGUUGCAACAGCUGAAGGAUGAACACCAACAUUUGUUGGAGUUGAGUAAGGACAGGAACCUUCUCGAGCGUGAGAAACUCCAGGCGCAAGUCUCCGAUUUGACGCUGAAGGUGAACUCGCAGAACGAGACGAUAAGCAUGCUCCAGCGAAGGAUAGCGUUGGAAGCGAAGAACUUCAGACAUCAGCUACAAAACGAGAUAAACAAGCACAAGGACACGAGGCACGACCUGGACUUGGCCAUCACCAAUGCUGAUAAACUGUCGACUAUUAUUGAGAUGAAAGAAAAGAUGUUGAGUACAGCCGCUAGCCGUUCCGUGAAAUCACCAGUAAAAUCAUCAUCAAUGACGGCCAUGCCACGCCCAGUCAGUAAAACCAAACCAGGACCAGAUAAUACAAGAUCUGAUGAACGUAAUGCUGAGCAAUCUUUCCUCGCGAAACUUUGUGAAAACUCACGCAACAUUAGCAGUUCCUUAUCCCAUGAUGACACUUCUUCGUCAACUGAACCGCGUUCAGCUUACGCCCGAAGCAGGACAAAUUCUACAAGCAGAUCCACUCCCAAUCACAAGAGAAAAAGUUCAAAGAGUUCAUCUGACGAUAACAUGAUCGAAUUAGCUAAAACCGUUCAAGAUGGAAUGGCCGACUUAGCAAUAUUCGAUGAUGUAGACUUCAAAAAUUCUUCACCUGACGAAGUUCAGAAAAAAAUAGAAAGUAUGAAAGUUGAACUUCUUACCAAAAUUAAAAAUAAUGAAGAGCCGUCUUCCAGAAAGUCCAGUGCAUUGAGAAGAGGGUCUUUAGGAGAAUCCAUUGAGGAACAAAUUGAGGAAGAAGAAGUACAGGAACGUCCAAAAUCGAGAGGUAGAAGGAAUUCUAAUGUGUCAUUUUAUGGCGACGUCACCGUGGAAGAAACUACUACGACGGUCACAAUAAAUAGCCAUAAUGAAAUUGAACAUGACAAGAAACCUAAACGUGAAACCAGUAACUUGGAUAGAAGAGUAGGAGGAAUUGAAAGUGAGAUGGUAAGACCGAAACGAGAAAACAGUAACCUGGAGAAGAUAUUGGCAGCUAAACCAAUUGAUAAAUACUGCAAAGAUAUAAUUCAAGACAUUGAAAAGAGUAGCAAAGUUAUAGACAGGCAUUUGAAACAGUUCAAUACGUCUCAGUUUGAGAGUGAUAAACUGGUGCAGCAGUUACAAGCUGUGGAUAAGAUUAAUGAUUUCGUUAAUUCAAACGGCGAGAUACCAGCGGAAGCAUUGACAGAGUUGAAUAAUAAUUUCAAAAUGCUGACAGAUCAAGUAUUUACGGAUGUACCCGUUCCAAGAAAAAGAUCUUUAUCGGGCAGGAGGGGAUCCAGAACGGAAUCCAGAACGAAUUUACUCGGAGACUCUAAUUUAUCCAAUCAAGAUCUGUUAGACGAUUUACUUGGAAAGAAAUGAUGAAUGUUGUUUUGACGAUAUUAUCUUUUACCACUAUUUGUGAUUUUAAUGAAAUAUCGAAAGCUAGUCGUAACACUAAUGAGCAGUAUAACUGUUUUGUAAAUAAUGCACGUCUCCAUUACACAUAUACGGCAAUAAGGAAGGUUAUGGUUUACGUUAACCAGAAUAUUUAAAUAAACAUUUGUCUAAAAUUACUAACUCACAUCUUAUCAGGAAACACGUAUUGUGCAUUCUACAAAGUUUACGAUAGUUUUAGUACUAUUGAUAAUUUUGGGAUUCGAGACUACCUAUGAGGGUUUAUUCGAUUUAAAAUGGCGUCUUCAAGUUUUCACUGAACUCCGAAAGCGCUAUUAAACUAACAAAUCUUUAGAAAUGAUUUUUGAUUUUGAAACAUUUGUAUCUUAGCUUAGCCAAUUUUGUUUACUGGUUUUCUAACAAUACCUAACAAAUCACUCUUACUGAGCACAUUGGAACAUUCAACUAGAAUUUAUUAAUUUCAAAGGACAUGUUGAAACAAGUGGUUUUGUGUGAUGUGUGUUUUUUAUGUCGG